GCGGCUGCAGCGGAUCACUUUACGUAUUUCGUUCCAGCUUUUUGUGAUUGUUUCAUAGGUUUGCUUCUGAUUAUUUAGAGCGAUCGAUUGAUAGCGAGAUCUCUGUUUCUGUGUUAUUUUCAGAUGCUGCAGUUUAUCUUGAUCCAGAACCGGCAAGGAAAAACCCGGCUGGCAAAGUACUAUGUUCCAUACGACGAUGAGGAGAAAGUGCGAUUGAAGGGCGAGGUGCACCGAUUAGUAGCUCCGAGAGACCAGAAAUAUCAAUCCAAUUUCGUCGAGUUUCGGAAUUUCAAGAUAGUCUACCGCCGCUACGCCGGCCUCUUUUUCUGCGCCUGCGUCGACUCGAACGACAACGAACUAGCCUAUCUCGAAGCCAUCCACUUCUUUGUCGAAGUUCUCGACUCGUUCUUCGGCAACGUGUGCGAGCUCGAUCUUGUGUUUAACUUUUACAAAGUGUACGCGAUUCUGGACGAGGUCUUUCUGGCGGGCGAAAUCGAGGAGACGUCGAAGCAGGUUGUGCUGCAUCGCCUGGAGUAUCUUGAUCGAUUAGAAUAGUGGCUGUAUGGCAAAGACUGAUUUGCUCUGCUUGGUUAUUCACGGCGUUUUUGUUAUAUUCUAUUUUUUGUGUAUUAUAGUUAGAUCUUAAGGAAAUUCAUGGCUGCGAUA